AUGGUGCCAUCCUUGAAGAUGAACCAAGAUUAUCGACUUCUAACCUCAGGCGAAGACACCGAAGACAAUUUGCGAGUCUCGGUUGACACGAACGAUUUGCAUCCUCGAUUACCCACGCAAAGAUACACAUUAAUCCGUUCUAUGAAACUUGUGACUAUGGUUUUGGUUUUAUCAGCUGGAUUUGUCGCGGGUUACUGGAUGCGCUCUUAUGGAUCUAUGGAAAGUAGCUCGCCAUAUGCAAAGCUUGAGUUCACAAAACAUGAUAUCCUUUGGUGGAAUACUGAGUACAGCAGCAAUAAUGCAAGCAUCCCGGAACUCAACAAGUUAUGGGACACUCAAAUUCCGUGGGAAAGCGGCAUCAUUGCACUGGAGAAUGAGGAGGCACGCAGGCUAGGCCUCCCGGAUUCACAGCCGUUCCCAUGGGACUCGAGCAAGAAGAGUAUCUAUAUUGUUAAUGCUCACCACAUACUACAUUGCGUGAGAAAUCUUUACAUCUCCAUUCAACAGUAUCGUACCAACACUCCCCAGACAAUCGACCACCCCCACAUACUUCAUUGUCUGGAUAGUCUACGCGUCGAAACCAUGUGUAAUGCCGACGACACCUUGCGUUACGUUCCACUCAACUCUAUGAACGGGUUCCGUCCCGGCGAUGGCCAAGAUCGGACAUGCCGUGAGUGGAGCAAGCUCCAGCAGUUUGUGGAACGCCACGACCCAUGUUAUCGCUAUGUCAUGCCUGGCAGUCAUGAAAUAUCUAAUUUAGAGCGCUUCAAAUUUUGUCCGACAAACUCCGAGUACUUGCCAAAGAUCCGCAAAUAUUUUGGCUACACCGAGGAGUGGGUGCCCGAAGCCCGAGAGGGUCGGAGAGAGCUUGAUUGGUGA